GUAAACAUUUGGUUGUGAAGCAACGCCAGUCAAACGUCAACAUCUCAACUUACUUCUGUUCCCAACAAACAAUGAGAUCGCGAUAGCAUAGCAAUGCUGAUGACACAAUGAUCGACCCCUCCCUCCGUCUCCGCCGCGCAAUCCACUCCGCCGACACCCUCCUCGUCCAACGAAUCCUCCACUCCCACCCCUCCCUCCUCCUAAACCCCGACCCCAGCGUCCCCCUCGGCCUCUCCAACACCUCCCUCCACCUCUCCUCCUCCCUCGGCCACCUCCCCAUCGUGCGCCUCCUCCUCAAGCUCGGCCACGACUCCACCCCCUCCUCCCUCUCCCUCAACGAGGAGCACCAAACCGCCCUCCACCUCGCCUCUGCCGCCGGUCACACCGAUAUCGUGCACCUGCUCUGCUCGUCAUGUCCAUGGUCUAUCCCUCGUCGCGACAUUCGGGGCCGUGACGCGUUGAUGCUGGCCUCUCUGUCAGGCCACGACACCGUGGUGCAGAUCUUACUCACGUUCUCUCCAUCGGGCCCAGAGGCCUUGUUAGCGGGCUCAGAUAACGACGGGAAUACAGCAUUGCAUUUUGCAAGCAGUAAUGGGCAUUUACUGGUCCUGAGGACGUUGUUGGCGGCGGGAGCGGAUUCAGAGAGGCGGAAUGUGUGGAGUUGGACGGCGGUGGCGUAUAGUGCGACGGUGCAGGCGGAGGUGUAUUUUAAGGGGCUGGUGGGCGAGGUGGAAAGGAGGAGGGUGGCGAGGGAGAGGGCUGUGGAGGAGAAGAAAGGGGGUGCGGUUAGGGUUGUUGGGGUGGAUGAGGAGAUGUAGGGUUGGGAUGGUGGAGAUGAUAUUGGAAUGCGGUUUGGUGAGAUAUGGAGAAGAAGUAGCCUGCAUUGACAUCUGCGGAGAGAUACGAAGCAUGAGUUGAUGACAACGAUGAAGAUACGAUAGAGGGUACAUACCAGCAGAGCAAUCGCGUUUCGAGCAAGGAGUUUAGGCGUACGAGUUGCUUGGGGGCUAAGGUUUACGGCCUCUGUAUUGAGCAAUGGAAUUUCUGCCUGAUUUUGAAGCAAUACGUCCA